ACAAAGCAUGUGUUUAUACAUAACCUCAAUCUUUAUCGUGAUUAAAUUUUGAUCCAUCGGACUAGGACUCUUUGAUUUAUUAUUAAUUAAAUACAUUCCAGUUUGUGGUCGUAUUAAAUUUUAUAGGCUUUAAGUUAAUAUUCUUAUUAUGGCUAUUUGAUUUUGGUUUUGUAGUUGCAGUUGAAAGAAUAUACCUACUACAUAAGUUAGGCUUACUUUCGUAAAUAGUUUGUAGUCCCUGAACUAGCAAGGCCUAGGCCUAUUUACUGUUGACCGCGGAGUCCGUCAUGGGAAGGAAAGCUAAAUUUACUGAUGAACAGAAGCCCAAAAAAGGAAAAGGAAGGAAGGCAAAGAAACAAAAGGAUCCAGUUUUCCCGGCUAGUUUAACUGAAGGUGUCUCUAAAACUUUGAGCCAUCGUCAAAAGCAGAGAGCUGCAAAACGAGCUAUUAAAACUACUUUGAAACAAGAGAAAAAAGCAAAGAAAAAAGAAAACCGCUUAGAAACAUCUUUGAAUGGCGCUAAAUCAUCCCUUAACUCUCCACAAGAUUCUAGUUUUAAGGAGAAGCAGAGUGACAAGUUGACAAAUAAAAAUUCAUCCAGUGCAGUUGAUCUUGUAUCAAAACAGAAAUUAAAUGGUAAACAGAAUAAUACAACUCCCAAAUUCAAGAAAAAUGAACCAGACUCCAGCUCUAUUUCUGGUAACUUCAUCAAGUCAGAAUCAAAAACGCCCAAUCGCAAAAGUAUUACGGGUAACCAAUUUGUUGUUACUCCAUCACAUCUGGAAAAUGUAAAGGACUCUAAAAAAAGUUUGGCCAAGGGUUUGAAGAGAAAAUUGGACAAUGAAGAUUCUGCUGAAACAGAAAAAAAAUCUACUGUUGAAAGUAAAACCUCUCAUCAAAACAAAAAACCGUUUGAAUCAAAUAAGAAAACAAAUUCUAAAGUAAAUAAUUUUCAAAAGAAGGGUUCUAAAGAAAUAAUUCAUGAAAAGAAACUGGAUUCAAAUAUCAAAAAUAAAUUAAAUGGUACAAAUAACAAAUCUGAAGUGAAAAACGUUCAGGUAGGCCUUACUAACGGCUCCCUGAAAGGAAAAAAUAAAAAAAUAAAGGCUGGAUUUACUGAUGAUAACAGUAGUUGGUUGAAACCAAAAAAGAAGAAGGUUGACAAAAGUUUAGAAGACAACGAGGAAGAGAUUGAAGAUAAUGAAUUAGAGAGUGACGAAGCUAGUGAUGCUAGUAUGAGUGAAGAAGAUGAAAUAGAUGAUUAUGGUGAAGGGGAAUCAAGUGAUGAUUCUGAAGAAGAUGACAGUGAAGAGGAAGAACAAGUCCAAAGUAAAAACAAAAAGGAGAUCCAAAAAAAAGCAAAACCAAACAAGGAACAAGUGGAUAAAGAUGACGAAACCACAGAAUCUGAAGAUUCAGAAGAUGGGGAUGAAGAAAGCGAUGAAGAUGAUGAUGAAGAUGAUGAAGAAGAUUCAGAAGAUGAAGAUCUGCUACCUGUCGAAAAAGCUGCUAAAAAGCUAAAGAAAAAGAAAGCAAAGGAGGAAAAGCAGGCAGAAGAGGAGCUACAACUGAACGUUGCUAACCGUGAAGUGUUUGCGUUUCCCAAGGAGGGAGAGAGAGAGAAAACAUCGUUGCCUGAGGUUGAACAGCGAAUCAAGGAUGUCCUGCUAGUUCUCUCCAACUUCAACAAGUUCAGAGAGAAAGACAGAUCUCGCCAGGACUACCUAGAGUUGCUGCGGGAAGACCUUUGUCAGUAUUUCAGCUACAACGAGUAUCUCAUGGAGAUGUUCAUGAAGUUGUUUCCUCUCACGGAGUUGAUGGACUUCCUAGAGGCUAGUGAGAGUCAGCGACCACUUACAAUACGGACCAACAGCCUCAAGACUCGGAGAAGAGAUCUGGCUCAGGCUCUGAUUGCCAGGGGAGUCAACCUGGACCCGGUUGGCAAGUGGUCCAAGGUUGGACUGGUCAUAUACAAUGCUACUGUUCCCAUAGGAGCAACCCCAGAGUAUCUGGCAGGGCAUUACAUACUACAGGGAGCGUCUAGUAUGCUGCCUGUCAUGGCCCUGGCACCACAAGAGAAUGAGAAGAUACUGGAUAUGUGUGCUGCUCCUGGCGGGAAAGCCUCUCACAUAGCUGCUGUCAUGAAGAACACAGGUAUGUUGUUUGCAAACGAUGUGAACAAAGAUCGAGGGAAGGCAGUUGUCGGAAACUUUCACCGUCUUGGGAUCAUCAACACUGUCAUCUGCAGUUAUGAUGCACGGAAAUUCUCAACUGUAAUGAAAGGGUUUGACCGGGUGCUGCUGGAUGCACCCUGCUCCGGGACGGGAGUGAUAUCCAAGGACCCGGGAGUGAAGACGUCCAAAGAUCCGCAGGAUGUGCAGAGGUGUUUCACACUACAGCGGCAGUUACUGCUAGAGGCUAUAGACUGCACCAACGCAAGGUCCUCCACAGGAGGAUACAUUGUGUACUCCACGUGCUCUGUGCUGCCAGAAGAAAAUGAAGCUGUAGUAGAUUAUGCGCUGAAAAAACGAGAUGUGAAAGUUGUUGAAACUGGACUGGGCUUUGGCAAUGAAGGGUUUACCAACUACAGGCAUUGCAGAUUUCAUCCAUCUCUAAAACUGGCCCGUCGCUACUACCCUCACACGCACAACAUGGAUGGCUUCUUUGUUUGUAAAUUGAAAAAGUUUUCAAAUAUUAUAAAGAAAACAGAAAAUGAAGAUACUGAAGAUGAGGAGGAGGAAAAGGAGGACGAACAUGUAGAAAAUGAGGAGGAAGAGGAGGAAAACAAGGAAGUUGAGGUAAAACAAAAAGAAAAGAAGAAAGGUAAGGAAAAAAUAUUAGAGAUUAAGAAAGGCAUAGAAAAACAAGAAGAAAUUACAAGAAGUAAGAAAAAGCAGGAAGUAACAAAGAAAGAUAAUGUAAAGCAGGAAGUAACAAAGAAAGAUAAAGUAAAGCAGGAAGUAACUAAGAAAGAGAAAGUAAAGCAGGAAGUAACAAAGAAAGAUAAAGUAAAGCAGGAAGUAACUAAGAAAGAGAAAGUAAAGCAGGAAGUAACAAAGAAAGAUAAAGUAAAAGAGGAAGUAAUUAAGAAAGAAAAAGUAAAGCAGGAAGAAACUAUGAAGUGUAAGGUAAAUCAGGAAGAGAAGACAAAAGGUAAGGCUAAACAAGAAGCAAACAAGAAAAUCAAAGUAAAACAGGAAGAAAGUGAAGAUGAAGAAGAAAGUGACGAUGACUAUGAAAUGGAAGAAAGUGAUGGUGAAGAAGUUACGGAUGAUAGUGAGAAUGAGGAAGAAAGUGAUGAUGAAGAAGGAACAGAAGAAGAAACAGAAGAAGACGACAGUGAUUAAGCAAAGUAAUUUAUGGCUGAAGUAAAUAAGUCAAAGAGAAGUCAACUUUUAAAUUAACAAAAGGUACUGUUAAAAUUAUAUGUGAAAACAAAUCAAUUUUGUUGGUGACUAUGUCACCAAAACAAUUAAGUUUUAAUUUUU